AGUAAAUUCAACUUUCAGUAUGUCAAAUAGUUCUACGGAUUCUAUGAUAAAGGCAGAGUCGACAACGUUCAGCCCUGCCACUACCACAGAAAACCCAAGUGGAUGGCAGUCAUUUAAAGAUUCUUUCAAAAGAGCUGAGGCUAAAGAGGGCAAAUCUGCUUUGCAGUUGGAGGAACAAAAUGAGAAACCUGCAGUAGAAGGUGGAUUGAAGCAGAAUCUUAAAACAAGACAACUUCAAAUGAUCUCUAUUGGUGGUGCAAUUGGUACUGGUCUCUUUGUUGCCUCUGGGAAGGCUUUACAAACAGGAGGUCCUGCCAGUUUACUUAUUGGUUGGGGUAUUGUAUCAUCUUACUUGUAUUGUACCAUGCAAGCAAUGGCUGAAUUGGUGUCUUUGUUCCCAGUCUCAGGAUCUUUUGCUACAUACGCCACUCGUUUUGUAGAACCUUCUUGGGGGUUUGCCGUUGGUUGGAAUUACGCCUUAUUCUGGGUGGUUGUUUUACCAAUGGAAUUAGUUGCAUGUUCCCUCACUAUUGGAUUUUGGGGCUCUGAUAUCAAUCCAGUAGCAUGGGUUACGAUCUUCUACGUGUUGAUUUUCGUUCUUAAUUUGUGCGGAAAUAAAGGAUUUGGUGAAGCUGAAUUCGUCUUCUCGGUUAUUAAGAUUAUAGCGAUCAUUGGAUUCAACAUCUUGGCUAUUAUCUUAAUCUGUGGUGGGGCUGGUGAACAAAAUGGGUUCAUCGGUGCUAAAUAUUGGAAAGAUCCAGGUCCAUUCACAGCUGGUGCAAAGGGUGUUGUGACGGUCUUCAUUACCGCAACUUACUCUCUUGCUGGUACAGAACUUGUAGGAUUGACUGCAGCUGAAGCUGAAGGUAAUCCAAGAAUUGUCCUUCCAAAGGCAAUCAAACAAGUGUUUUACCGUAUUAUUGUAUUCUACAUGCUCACUCUUACAUUGGUUGGGUUUUUAGUCCCAUCGAAUUCUAAAGAUCUUCUUGGAUCAGGUGCUAAUGCCUCACCAUUUGUGGUUGCCAUCAAGAAUGGAGGUAUUAAGGUAUUACCAUCAAUUUUCAAUGUCGUAGUGUUGAUUGCUCUUUUGUCAAUUGGUAACGCUUCUGUUUUCGGAUUUUCAAGAACUAUAGUAUCCUUAGCAGAACAAGGAUUGGCCCCAUCAUUCUUGUCAUAUGUUGAUAGAAAAGGUCGCCCAUUAAUGGGUUUCUUGGUUUCCGCAAUUGUUGGUUUAAUUUCUUUUGUAGCAGCAUCUCCAAAACAAGGAAAAGUCUUUGCUUGGUUACUUGCAUUAUCCGGUUUGUCAACCCUUUUCACAUGGUUUUCCAUUUGUAUCUCCCACAUUCGUUUUAGAAUGGCUCUCAGUCUUCAAGGCAGAAAUAUUACAGAAUUACCAUAUGCUGCACAAACAGGUUUCUGGGGUUCGGUGUACGCUGCCGCUAUUUUGGUUGUGGUCCUCUGUUUACAAUUCUGGGUAUCUUUAUUCCCACUUGGACAAUCACCAGACCCAGUUGUCUUCUUUGAAAACUUUUUAGGUGGUCCAGUGGUUUUGGUAAUGUACCUUGGUCACAAAAUCUAUUCCAGAAACUUCACCAUCGUAACUCCACUUCAUGAACUUGAUAUUGAUUCUGGACGUCGUGAUCUGGAUCAAGAAAAAUUACAACAAGAAUUGGCAGAGGAAAGAGAAGCAUACGCAAACUUGCCAUUCUUGGGAAAAGUGAGAGCAUUCCUCUUUUAAAAUGUAAUGACUCAAUGAAAAUAUUGGAGUCUAUGUGUCCAUAAAAAACACACACACAACAAACAAAUUAACAUGAAUCUUAAUGUACGCAUACGAAUUAUAAACGUUAUUAAUAAAUAUAGAAAAAAAAACCAAACCAUGUAAAUGAAACAUAAAAAUAUAUAAUGAACCCAAAC